AUGAAGAAAUCUUUUAAUAACAGAACCAAGGACUUUAACUCUGAAAGUGGAGGAUGUUUUAGUCAUAAAGAAACUCUUGGUAGACAUCCAAGAACUCACACAGUAGAUAAACAUUUCUUUUGUAGUGAAUGUGGAAAAUAUUUUGUCACUAAAGCAGUUCUUGUCCGUCAUCAGAAAGCUCACACAGGAGAGAAAUCAUUCUCAUGUUCUGAAUGUGGAAAAUGUUUUGUCACUAAAGCAGAGCUUGUCAGUCAUCACAGAACUCACACAGGUGUGAAACCGUUCCCAUGUUCUGAAUGUGGAAAAUGUUUUGUAACUAAAGCAGUUCUUGUCCAUCAUCAGAGAACUCACACAGGAGUGAAACCAUUCUCAUGUUCUGAAUGUGGAAAAUGUUUUCGGCAACAAUCAAGUCUUGUCAGUCAUGAGCGAACUCACACAGGAGAGAAACCGUUCUCGUGUUCUGAAUGUGGAAAAUGUUUUGUCACUAAAGCAGUGCUUGUCCAUCAUGAGAGAAUUCACACAGGAGAGAAAUUGUUCUCAUGUUCUGAAUGUGGAAAACGUUUUGUAACUAAAGCAGUUCUUGUCCAUCAUCAGAGAACUCACACAGGAGAGAAACCAUUCUCAUGUUCUGAAUGUGGAAAAUGUUUUCGGCAACAUUCAAGUCUUGUCAGUCAUGAGCGAACUCACACAGGAGAGAAACCGUUUUCAUGUUCUGUAUGUGGAAAAUGUUUUAUCAAUAAAGCAGUGCUUGUCCAUCAUGAGAGAAUUCACACAGGAGAGAAAUUGUUCUCAUGUUCUGAAUGUGGAAAAUGUUUUGUCACUAAAGCAGAGCUUGUCAGUCAUCAGAGAACUCACACAGGAGUGAAACCGUUCCCAUGUUCUGAAUGUGGAAAAUGUUUUGUAACUGAAGCAGUUCUUGUCCAUCAUCAGAGAACUCACACAGGAGAGAAACCAUUCUCAUGUUCUGAAUGUGGAAAAUGUUUUCGGCAACAUUCAAGUCUUGUCAGUCAUGAGCGAACUCACACAGGAGAGAAACCGUUUUCAUGUUCUGUAUGUGAAAAAUGUUUUAUCAAUAAAUCAAACCUUGUUCAUCAUCAGAGAACUCACACAGGAGAGAAACCAUUCUCAUGUUCUGAAUGUGGAAAAUGUUUUGUUAGAAAAUCAGCGUUUGUAGAUCAUCAAAGAGCUCACACAGGAGAGAAACCAUUCUCAUGUUCUGAAUGUGGAAAAUGUUUUCUGCAUCAUUCAAGUCUUGUCAGUCAUCAGAGAACUCACACAGGAGAGAAACCAUUCUCAUGUUCUGAAUGUGGAAAAUGUUUUCUGCAUCAUUCAAGUCUUGUCAGUCAUCAGAGAGCUCACACAGGAGAGAAACCCUUCUCUUGUUCUGAAUGUGGAAAAUGUUUUCGGCAACAUUCACAUCUUGUCAGUCAUCAGAGAACUCACACAGGAGAGAAACCGUUCUCAUGUUCUGAAUGUGGAAAAUGUUUUCGGCAACAUUCAAAUCUUGUCAGUCAUCAGAGAACUCACACAGGAGAGAAACCCUUCUCUUGUUCUGAAUGUGGAAAAUGUUUUCGGCAAGAUUCACAUCUUGUCAGUCAUCAGAGAACUCACACAGGAGAGAAACCGUUCUUAUGUUCUGAAUGUGGAAAAUGUUUUCGGCAACAUUCAAAUCUUGUCAGUCAUCAGAGAACUCACACAGGAGAGAAACCGUUCUCAUCUUCUGAAUGGGGAAAAUGAUUUUUCAUUAAACCUAAUCUUGAUAGACAUCAGAGAUCUCACACAGGUGAUGAGUCUCUAAAAUUGUAUAAGGUAUCUAUGCAUUAACAUAGAAAUAAAAUAUCUUGUAUUGUGAAUUUUGAUCAUGCUUACACUAUACGUAGUAACUGUGAUAGUAGCAGUCAACGUACAUAUGAUGACUUUCCAGCAACUCAGGAUACAUUGUGAUUGUAUGUUCUGUCUGUUACAGAGUGAAAUGCUACUUCCCCCAACCCCAUGUUAAUACAGACUUCAAGCAAAGGUUAUGUUUACUUCAAAUUUUCUAGGGUUUUUCUUAGGGCAUACAAUGCAGCUGAGACCAUAACUAAUAAAUAUACUAAUUUUGUGUC